UUUAUAACUUUUUUUUUUAUUAAAAGCGUCGUCUAUCCGAAAAUUGAAGAUUUGUGAAAAAUUGUUGGAUCCAUUCCAUUGAUAUUUGAUUAACACUUCCAAUUCAACUUGCGAAGAUUGUGAAUUAAAAAAAAAAGGUUUUUUUCCUUCGUCAUGUCAUCAAAUCGAGAAUUUGAUAAUCCCUAUCCAGAUUUUGCACCAGGAAGAGAAGUUUUUAAGCCAGGAACAUCAGAGUUAAAGGACGACAUUGUGAAACAACUCCAAGAAAAUAUAGUCAAGCUACUGAAGAAACUAGAAGAUGGUUUGAAAGGCGAAGUGGACUGGCAUGAUUAUUCUGUGUACACGGGUACCACAGGUAUUGCAUUUUUGUACCUUCAUUUGAUGAAUUCCGUUCAUGAUACUGGACAAAGUAAAGACUAUAUGAAAAAGGCAAUUUGGUUCAUUGAAAAGCCGCUGGCUAGUCUCAAGGGGCGACGCUUGUCAUUCAUGUGUGGUGAUCUUGGUCCCCUGGCUUUAGGAGCUGUGCUAUACAAACGAGUUGGAAUGGAUAGAGAAUCGAAAGAUCUUAUAAAACGAGUGGAGAAGCUACAUAAAGAUGUCAUACCACUAGACAACGACCUUCCCGAUGAAUUUCUCUUUGGGCGAGUAGGGUAUCUCUUUUCUCUUCUCUUUAUAAAGAAGCACUUAGGGGAGGAUGCAAUUGACACUGCUAUUGUUAAAAAGGUGGUUGCGUCGGUGGUAAAGUCUGGCCGACACUUAGCACAGAAAGAGAACAGAAACUCCAUACUUAUGUACAUGUGGCACGAGAAACACUACCUGGGAGCUGCUCAUGGUCUGUCUGGAAUAUUAUACAUGUUGCUUCAGGCACAGGAAUACCUCUCUGCUGGAGAUUUGAAAGACUUGAUUAAACCAAGUGUUGACUACAUUAUGGCCUUGAAAUUUGACUCUGGAAACUUCCCUUCUUCCCUCAGUAAUUCAACUGAUAGGCUAGUUCACUGGUGUCAUGGGGCCCCAGGAGUCAUUCACUUAGCAGCUGUGGCAUACAAGGUGUUUGGAGAUGAGAAAUACUUGCAAGCUGCCCGCGAAUGCGGAGAGGUUAUCUGGAAACGAGGUCUGCUACAGAAAGGUUACGGAAUCUGUCAUGGGGUAUCUGGAAAUGCUUAUGCCUUUUUAUUAUUAUUCCAGUUGACUCAUGAAGAAAAAUAUGCUUACAGAGCUGUUAAGUUUGCUGAAUGGUGCUACGAUUAUGGAAAACACGGUUGUCGGACACCAGACAGGCCGUUGUCACUCUUUGAAGGGUUAGCAGGAACAGUAUAUUUUUUGAAUGACCUUCUUCACCCAGAACAAGCAGCAUUUCCAGCAUUUCAACUCUUUUGAACUGUGAAACAGUUGCUUUUUUUGCUCUGUGUAAAGAUAUGCUAUUGAGUAUUGUUGAAUAUAACCAUCUAAAUCAUCUUGUUUUUCGGUAUGAAGUAUAUUAUUGCAGAUUCGACUCUUAGAAAUUCGAUCUGGAAUUUACGUUUCAUGACUAAUAAAUAACUAAUACUUUUUUCCAUUUCCAUGAAAAUGCUGUGUUUUAUACUGUUAUUUUUGAAUGUAUUUGUAUAAAUUAAAGAUGUUUUUUCCCC